GGUUCUCGGAAAGUGUAUGUGUAUCAAAGAAAGACCCAAAACCUGCACACCCGACCCGAUGUUAUGUUAUUAUCACACAUCGCAAGAUAUUGGCUUCUUGAAAAAUAUUGUACGAUUUUCGGUCAUGAUCUACCACUGUAGUCGAAUAAUCCGUUAAAAUCCGUACAACUCGUUAUGGCGGUCACCACUACAUUGCAGAAAGCCAUAGAUUUGGUAACUAAGGCGACCGAAGAGGACCGUAACAAAAAUUACGAAGAGGCUUUAAAAUUAUACGAAAGCGGAAUAGAGUAUUUUUUACACACUUUAAAAUACGAAACCCAAGGAGACAAAGCUAAAGAUAGCAUACGCAGUCGUUGUACACAAUACUUGGAAAGAGCGGAGAAAUUAAAAGAAUAUUUAAAGAACGGAAAGAACAAAAAGAAACCCGUAAAAGCUGGAGAAUCAAAUUCUAAAAACGAUGACAAGAAAGAGGAUAGCGAUGAAGACGGCGAUGAUCCUGAAAAGAAGAAGCUGCAAAACAAAUUAGAAGGCGCUAUUGUUGUCGAAAAACCGUGUGUCAAAUGGUCAGACAUUGCCGGUUUAGAAGGAGCAAAAGAAGCUCUUAAGGAAGCUGUUAUCCUUCCUAUUAAAUUCCCCCACCUUUUCACAGGCAAAAGAAUUCCCUGGAAAGGAAUACUAUUGUUUGGGCCACCGGGAACUGGUAAAUCGUAUUUGGCCAAAGCAGUAGCGACUGAAGCCAAUAAUUCUACAUUCUUCUCUGUCUCGUCAUCAGAUCUCGUAUCAAAAUGGUUGGGCGAGUCUGAAAAACUUGUCAGAAAUCUUUUCGAGUUAGCGAGGCAACACAAGCCCAGCAUUAUUUUCAUUGAUGAAGUAGAUUCCCUUUGUUCCUCACGCUCGGACAACGAAUCUGAAUCAGCUCGGCGCAUCAAGACCGAAUUUCUGGUCCAAAUGCAAGGGGUCGGUACUGACAAUGAGGGUAUUCUCGUUUUGGGUGCCACAAACAUUCCUUGGGUCCUUGACGCGGCCAUACGCAGACGUUUCGAAAAGCGUAUUUAUAUUCCCUUGCCGGAAGAACAUGCUAGAUUGGAGAUGCUGAAACAAAAUCUAGGAAACACUUAUCACACGUUAACUGAAAAGGAUCUAAAAGAGUUAGCAGCAAAAACCGAAGGAUAUUCGGGAGCAGACAUUAGUAUAGUUGUGAGGGAUGCUCUAAUGCAACCUGUACGUAAAGUGCAAACGGCCACACAUUUCAAAAAAGUUACUGGCCCUAGUCGAGCGGAUCCUAAUGUAAUCGUCAAUGACUUGUUAACGCCGUGUUCUCCAGGAUCUCCCGGCGCUAUCGAAAUGUCGUUCAUGGACGUUCCUAGUGACAAACUUCUUGAACCAGCGGUGUCCACGAGUGAUAUGUCAAGAUCACUAGCGACGUCUAAGCCAACUGUGAACGACGAUGACAUGAAAAAGCUAGACAAAUUCACUUUAGAUUUCGGCCAAGAAGGAUAAUUAUUGUUUUUUUUUUUUUCAAAUAACUAUAAAUUACAUAUUUUUGUCAGGUAAAUUCCCAGAGUUAUAAGGAAUUAAAGUGAAGUUUACGUAAAAAAAUGUGAAGCCCGAAUGAACAGCCUAUUUGUAAUUUAAAAGGUAAUAUUAUCAAAAUAGUAUCCAUGUGUUUAAUAUAAUUAUAUAUAUAUAUAAAAAAACUUUUUACAUGAAAUUGUUUAUAAUUAUAUAAAAAUUAAAAAAUAUUUUUUAAACGCAUAUUAUUAUUCUUAUACAGCUUAGAUAUUAGU